AUGCCUUGCAAGACAGAUUGGUUUUGUUGGGACCGACCUGCUGGACUACCCGGUAGAGAUUCGUGCAGUCGAUGCGACGAUGAAAGUCACUACAUACGAAAGCACAUUGAUCCAUCUAAUUCUACGACAUCUGUAACGUACACGAGGUGGGGACGCACGUCUUGUCCGGCACAUGCAAAUCUGGUGUACAAAGGACGAGUUGGUGGCGGAUAUUAUAAUCAUGGAGGAAGCGGAUCUAAUGCGCAAUGUUUGCCUGACAAUCCCAUCUAUGACAAGUACUACACUGGAAGCCACAGUGUUGCGUACAUGUACAACGCCGAGUAUGAAGUGUACAGCUUCAAUCCUUUUCCUGGAGUUCAACCGGAAGACGACGUUCCAUGUGCUGUUUGCAAUGUUGAUUUCAAAAGCACGAAAAUUAUGAUUCCUGCAAGAAAUGAAUGUCCUACUCAAUGGCAGAAAGAGUAUUCAGGAUAUCUCAUGACCGAGCAUCACGGUCACCCUCACACCUACGAGUAUGUUUGCAUUGACCGUGACGCAGAGGCUGUACCAGGCACCGUUACUAGCAACAACGGCAUGCUUUUGUACUUCGUUGAAGGAGUAUGUGGUGGUCAUCUUCAAUGUGGUCCGUACGUGAGUGGGCGCGAGCUGACAUGCGCUGUCUGCACUAAGUAGAAAGGCACUUACUCACCGGCAAGCGAACAGACUCUACAAGUCACGGUGAGCUGUUUGUAUUAGUAUUGAUUUAAAUAUCUACCAUUUCCCUUUUUAAUUGCCAUUGCUGUUUAUCUUAUCUGGCUAGUAAGUGCGCGAUUACCUGAUGAGUGUCAAAUUACAUUAUCAACACGCAUAUUUGAAAUUAAUUCUAAAAUAACCUAUUGUGC